AUGGAACCAUUUAGCCUCACCGAAUUGCGGAAACAAGAAAGACAUCUGAAGAACUCUAUCAAGGCUAUUUCCAAGUUCGUUGCUGAGUUCCAGAGGCAAACCCAGGAGAAUCAGAUCGAAGUUCGUCUGGAGACGUUGGAGAAUGCUAUGCGGAAAUUCUACAGUGUACGCCGGAAGAUUGAAAUUGCCAUAGCUGAAGAGGAUGAAGAGGAUGAAGAUGAAAAGGAAUAUGCGAAGGGGUCCACCGAACAACGCAAGAAACGUUUGGAAGCCCUAGCCGCUACACGAGAAGACCAGUACGAUGAAGCGAUUCGUGUCGUAGAGGAGCAGUACUACGAAGUAAAGGCAGCUCUAAUUGCUCUGAGGCCACCAAUAGCUGAGUCAUCCAGAUCGUCUGGUUCAGUAAAAAAAACUCCUGCAGAUUCUGCGAUGUCCCGAGUGAAGCUUCCUGACAUCAAGCUACCAUCCUUUAGCGGAAAUAUCAAGGACUGGGUCACUUUCAGAGAUACGUUCCGCAGUCUAAUUCACCACAACCAUCAAUUGACUGCCAUCGACAAAAUCACCUACCUACGCUCUUCGGUGUCCGGUGAAGCCUUGCAGGAAGUUAGCUCGAUAGACCUAUCUGCUGAAAACUACGAGGUGGCAUGGAAAAUACUGGAGAAGAAGUAUGAGAAUAAGAAGCUCAUUGUCAAAGCCCACCUGGAUGCAAUCUUUGCUGUAGAGCCCAUGUGA